UCUUCGAAUAUCAAAAAGCCUCUUCUUGAGUCUUUGAUUAUUACUGCCACUUAUCACUACUAUCCCUCAAACUUCAUAGCUCCUUAAUUUCCUUCAACAAUCCUUCUUUGCUGCUUUGCUUUAACAAAUCAACACAAGAUGGCUGCAACUAUGAUUGGAGGUGCUUUCCUCUCUGCAACUGUUCAGACCUUAGUUGAGAAACUUGCUUCAACUGAGUUUCUUGAUUACAUCAAAAACACUAAGCUCAAUGUCUCACUCUUGAGGCAGCUUAAAACAACACUGCUCACUCUUCAAGUUGUGCUGGAUGAUGCAGAGGAGAAGCAGAUCAAUAAUCCUGCUGUCAAACUAUGGCUUGAUGACUUGAAAGAUGCUAUCAUUGAUGCUGAGGACUUGCUCAAUGAAAUCAGUUACGAUUCCCUGCGAUGCAAGGUGGAGAAUACACAAGCUCAAAACAAAACUAAUCAGGUGUGGAACUUCCUUUCUUCUCCUUUUAAUAGCUUCUAUAGAGAGAUCAAUUCCCAGAUGAAGAUCAUGUGUGAAAACCUGCAAUUGUUUGCAAAUCAUAAAGAUGUCCUUGGUUUGCAAACUAAGAGUGCUAGAGUUUCUCAUGGAACUCCUUCAAGUUCUGUGUUUAACGAAUCUGUCAUGGUGGGUAGGAAGGAUGACAAAGAGACAAUAAUGAACAUGUUGCUAUCACAGAGAAACACAAUCCAUAAUAAUAUAGGUGUUGUUGCAAUUUUGGGCAUGGGAGGUUUAGGAAAAACUACCCUUGCCCAACUUGUUUACAAUGAUAAAGAAGUUCAACAACAUUUUGACAUGAAGGCGUGGGUUUGUGUGUCUGAGGAUUUUGAUAUUAUGAGAGUAACAAAGUCUCUCCUUGAAUCUGUCACUUCCACAACUUCGGAAAGCAAUAAUCUUGAUGUCCUUCGUGUUGAGUUAAAGAAAAUCUCAAGGGAGAAAAGAUUUUUGUUUGUGUUGGAUGAUCUGUGGAAUGACAAUUGUAAUGAUUGGGAUGAGCUAGUAAGUCCCUUCAUUAAUGGAAAACCUGGAAGCAUGGUGAUUAUAACAACGCGCCAACAAAAAGUUACAAAGAUGGCACACAUGUUUGCUGUACAUAAUUUAGAACCUCUAUCAAAUGAAGAUUGUUGGUCUUUACUCUCAAACUAUGCAUUGGGAAGUGAUGAGUUUCACCAUAGUACAAAUACAGCCCUUGAAGAAAUUGGCAGGAAGAUUGCAAGAAGGUGUGGGGGAUUGCCAAUAGCUGCUAAAACACUAGGAGGACUUCUCCCUUCAAAGGUAGACAUAACAAAGUGGACUUCAAUUUUUUCAAUUUUGAACAGCAGCAUAUGGAACUUGCGAAAUGAUAAUAUUCUUCCUGCAUUGCAUUUGAGUUAUCAAUAUCUUCCCUCUCAUUUGAAAAGAUGCUUUGCAUAUUGUUCAAUUUUUCCAAAGGAUUGCCCACUCGAUAGGAAGCAAUUGGUUUUGUUGUGGAUGGCAGAAGGCUUCCUUGAUUGUUCACAAGGGGGGAAAAAGUUGGAGGAAUUAGGUGAUGAUUGUUUUGUUGAAUUGUUAUCGAGAUCGUUAAUUCAACAAUUAAGCGAUGAUGAUCGUGGGGAAAAAUUUGUCAUGCAUGACCUUGUCAAUGAUUUAGCUACAUUCGUAUCAGGAAAAAGUUGUUGCAGGCUUGAAUGUGGUGACAUCCCUGAAAAUGUUCGUCACUUCUCAUAUAACCAAGAAUACUUUGACAUUUUCAUGAAGUUUGAGAAAUUACACAAUUGUAAAUGUUUGCGAAGCUUCCUAUGUAUUUGCUCGACGACGUGGAGGAACGAUUACUUAUCCUUCAAGGUGAUUGAUGAUUUUCUACCGUCACAAAAAAGGUUGCGUGUGUUAUCGCUAUCAGGGUAUCAAAACAUCACCAAGCUACCAGAUUCAAUUGGAAAUUUGGUGCAGUUGCGGUAUCUAGAUAUCUCCUUCACUAACAUCGAAAGCUUGCCUGAUACAAUAUGUAACCUUUACAAUUUACAGACCUUGAAUUUAUCAAACUACUGGAGUCUCACUGAAUUGCCAAUACAUAUUGGAAAUUUAGUCAAUUUACGUCACCUUGAUAUAAGUGGGACUAACAUAAAUGAGUUGCCUGUGGAAAUUGGGGGACUAGAAAACCUUCAAACUCUCACCUGUUUUUUAGUGGGUAAGCACCACGUAGGGUUAAGUAUCAAAGAGCUCAGUAAAUUCUCAAACCUACAAGGAAAACUUACCAUCAAGAACGUGGAUAAUGUUGUUGAUGCCAAAGAGGCACAUGAUGCCAGCUUGAAAAGCAAAGAGAAAAUUGAGGAGUUAGAGCUGAUAUGGGGAAAACAAAGUGAAGAGUCGCAUAAAGUGAAAGUUGUGCUUGAUAUGUUGCAACCAGCAAUAAAUUUGAAGAGCCUGAAUAUUUGCUUAUAUGGCGGGACAAGUUUUCCUAGUUGGUUGGGAAAUUCUUCGUUUUCUAACAUGGUAUCCCUCCGCAUCACUAAUUGUGAAUAUUGUGUGACACUUCCACCAAUAGGGCAGUUACCUUCUCUUAAGGACCUAGAAAUAUGUGGUAUGGAGAUGUUGGAGACAAUUGGCCUGGAGUUCUAUUAUGUCCAGAUUGAAGAAGGUUCUAAUUCUUCCUUCCAACCAUUUCCAUCCCUUGAGUAUAUAAAAUUCGACAAUAUACCAAAUUGGAAUAAAUGGCUUCCCUUUGAAGGCAUACAAUUUGCUUUUCCUCAACUUCGAGCUAUGAAGUUACGUAAUUGUCCCAAACUAAAGGGACAUUUGCCUAGCCAUCUUCCUUGCAUAGAAGAAAUUGAAAUAGAAGGUUGUGUUCAUCUAUUGGAAACAGAGCCCACUUUGCAUUGGUUGUCGUCAAUAAAAAAAAAUUAAGAUUGAUGGGCUUGGUGAAAGGACCCAAUUGUUAUUGCUUGAGAGUGAUUCUCCGUGUAUGAUGCAAGAUGCAGUGAUGGCAAACUGCGUUAACCUAUUAGCUGUGCCAAAAUUGAUUCUGAGAAGCACUUGUCUUACACACUUGAGACUCUAUUCUCUUUCUUCUCUCACUACAUUUCCCUCAAGUGGUCUACCCACUUCAUUGCAAUCACUUCAUAUCGAAAAUUGUGAGAAUUUAUCCUUCCUACCUCCUGAAACGUGGAGCAACUACACAUCACUUGUGAGUCUUUAGUUCUAUCGUAGCUGUGAUUCACUUACAUCCUUUCCACUUGAUGGUUUCCCUGCGCUCCGAACACUUUCCAAUUGAAUUAUUUGAAGUCAAGUUUAAGAUGGAAAUGCUCACCGCUCUUGAAAAUUUGCAUAUGAAAUGCCAAAAGUUGUCAUUUUCUGAAGGAGUUUGUCUACCUCUCAAAUUACGAUCAAUUGUGAUUUUUACCCAAAAAACAGCACCGCCGGUUACGGAAUGGGGUCUCAAAGAUCUAACAGCUCUUUCAAGCUGGAGUAUUGGAAAGGAUGAUGAUAUAUUUAACACCUUGAUGAAGGAGUCGUUGCUACCCAUCUCCCUUGUGUAUCUAUAUAUCUGGAAUCUCUCUGAAAUGAAGUCCUUUGAUGGAAAUGGGCUGCGACACCUCUCCUCUCUCCAAUAUCUCUGUUUUUUCAUUUGUCAUCAACUUGAGACAUUGCCAGAAAACUGCCUCCCUUCCUCACUGAAAUCACUUUCAUUUAUGGAUUGUGAAAAGCUUGGGUCAUUACCAGAAGACAGCCUCCCUUCCUCGCUGAAAUCACUUCAAUUUGUGGGUUGUGUAAGACUCGAGUCAUUACCAGAAGACAGCCUCCCUGACUCUCUUGAGCGACUGACCAUCCAAUUUUGCCCAUUGUUAGAAGAAAGGUAUAAAAGGAAUGAAUAUUGGUCCAAAAUUGCUCACAUCCCUGUCAUACAAAUAAAUCACAAAGUCACAAUAUGAUAGACAAGUUGUGUUCCCGUUUUCAGGAGAUCAAAGGCCUAGCUAUGUGGAUGAUAAUCUGCUCACUGAUUUGAGACGAGCCAAAUGCAUGGUUUCCAUUGAUUGCCACAAGAUUUAAUUUACUUAGCUGCUAAUAGUGAGUUUGUAUUUUAUUAUCAUUUGAAUGAAU